UUCCGAAACUAUCCGAACCGCUCCGAAAAGCUCCGAGACGCGUGGGCGGGAGUGCAAGCCGUGACGCUCCGUUCACGUUAAACCCCGCCCCCCUCCUUUACGCGUCGUCCGCACGCCGGCUCUUCAAGCAGAAGAGCGCAGAGACACCGAAAUGGCGGCGGCUAUGGCAGGAGCGACUCGCCUCUCUUACAAUCACAAUUUAACACCAGAAUGGGCCCGACAGGAAGUCAGCACCGGGACGACGAUCAUGGCGGUGGAAUUCGACGGAGGAGUCGUCAUGGGAGCCGAUUCUCGCACGACCACGGGCGCCUACAUCGCUAACCGGGUCACAGAUAAGCUCACCCAGAUCCACGAUCAGAUUUUCUGCUGUCGCUCCGGUUCGGCUGCGGACACGCAGGCCAUUGCGGACGCUGUGACCUACCAGCUGGGCUUCCACAGCAUUGAGCUGGACGAGGCUCCUCUGGUCCAGACAGCGGCCAACCUCUUCAAGGAGAUGUGCUACAAGUACCGAGAGGAACUGAUGGCUGGCAUCAUUGUUGCAGGGUGGGACAAAAGGAGAGGCGGACAGGUUUACACCGUGCCGAUGGGGGGGAUGAUGGUGAGGCAGCCCUUCUCGAUCGGGGGCUCCGGAAGCUCCUACAUCUACGGCUUUGUGGACUCAUCUUACAAGCGCGGGAUGAGCAAAGAGGAGUGCCUGCAAUUCACUGCCAACGCGCUCUCCCUGGCGAUGGAACGCGACGGCUCCAGUGGGGGGGUGGUGCGUCUGGCUGCCAUCUCUGAGUCGGGCGUGGAGCGCAGGGUCAUCCUGGGGAACCAGCUCCCCAAAUUCGCCAGCUGCUAGAGGGGACCCCCCCCUCCGUACUGUACCCCCCCCCCCCCCCCCCCCAACUACAAAUAAACCACGCAUUGCUUCAGCAGGACCGUUUCAUAACUACUGUAUUAAACACAGACUCUGCAGUGUUGGGUUCAGAAACGAAGCGUUCAAAACGACGUAGAAGAAAAAGAAAGACUUCUAGUCCAAACGUCUCGUUUUCAGUUUGUUUCUUUUUUGGGGGCGGGUGUAUUUCUAACAGAUUUCAAAUGAAACGGGGAUAUGAAAUCAGACUCCUCUUGCACAGCAGUGUGAUCCAUUCCUGGUUUCACUAGGAGUUUAAUAAUCAAGACACCCCUGUUCUUGUUACCUAGACACACUGUGGGGCUGAUCAAGCUGGUAGUAAAACCUGGACUGGGUGACACUGCUGUGCAACAGGAGUCUUAUUUAUAAUCUGUUUUCAAGUCCUGUUUUCACUGUCAGAGCUGCUUCAGGUCAAAUACCCCUCCAGCCCUCAAAUCCGCCAUCCUCGCAUCAGCUGGAGGUGAGGCUUGCUGUAAACCAUUCAUCUGCUGCAGAGUUUACAACACACCUGUACUGUAUUUAUGUUUCCCUCGCUGUUAUGUAUCAAUAAUAGUUUUUUUUUUUUCAAG